AUGCGAGGAGGGCGUCCCGGCCCGCGCUGCGCCCCCGAGGCCCAGGCGGCGCCCCCGGCCAGCCCCGCGCGCCACAGGCUAGAGCACCUCUGGCGCACCAGUUCCCGGCCAGGCCCCGGCAUCCGCGGCUCGGUUACCAGCACGUGGAUCUCGGGCAAUGCGGACGCCGCCGAGGUCGGCCCCCGGCGUCGCUCCUCAACCCACGCCCUCCGCGCAGCAGCCCUGCACUCCCGCCGCCAGGCCGCCGCGCCCUCCAUGGGGUUGGAGCAGGAGCACCAGGUGAGCAAGGACACUGAGGCAGGAUUGUUGAGGCACAGUUGGACCAACCUGGACAUUGCAUUGCAGAGGGAUGAUACAUUGCUCAGAUCCCACACUGUCAGCCAAGAUGGAAGGAAGGAUGGACAACCUGUGAGUCCCAGUAGCUCCAUGGCCUAUGGUGUCUUAGAUAUCCCACCAUGGUAUCUCUGCAUCUUCUUGGGGAUCGAGCACUUCAUCACGGCCCUGGGAGGACUGGUAGCGGUGCCGCUCAUCCUGGCCAAGGAUCUGUGCCUGCAGCAUGACCCCCUGACCCAGAGCUACCUCAUCAGCACCAUUUUCUUCGUCUCUGGCAUCUGCACUCUCCUGCAAGUGCUUUUUGGGGUCAGGCUGCCCAUUCUCCAGGGAGGGACCUUUGCUUUUGUGGCGCCUUCUCUGGCCAUGCUCUCUCUUCCAUCCUGGAAGUGCCCAGAGUGGACACUCAAUGCCAGCCAGGUGAACACCAGCUCUCCUGCAUUCGUGGAGGAAUGGCAGAGGAGGAUCCAAGAGUUGCAGGGUGCCAUCAUGGUUGCUUCCUGUGUCCAGAUGCUCGUGGGAUUCUCAGGCCUCAUUGGCUUUCUCAUGCGCUUCAUUGGCCCCUUGACCAUUGCUCCGACCAUUUCCCUGGUGGCCCUGCCUCUCUUUGAUUCUGCAGGCAACGAUGCUGGAAUCCACUGGGGCAUUUCCUUCAUGACCAUCUUUCUCAUCGUGCUGUUUUCCCAAUUCCUGAAAAAUAUUGCGGUGCCUGUGCCUGUUUUUGGGGGAGAGAAGAAGUGUCACACCUCCAAGUUCUACCUGUUUCAGGUCUUCCCUGUGCUGCUGGCUCUCUGCAUCUCCUGGCUCAUCUGCUUCGUGCUCACGGUCACCAACACUCUCCCCUCAUCGCCCACUGCCUAUGGGUACCUGGCCCGCACUGACACCAAAAGCAGCGUCCUGAGUCAGGCCCCUUGGUUCCGCAUCCCUUACCCAGGACAGUGGGGCCAUCCCACCAUCAACCUGGCUGGGGUCUUUGGCAUCAUUGCUGGGGUGAUCUCCUCCAUGGUGGAGUCUGUGGGUGAUUACUACGCCUGUGCCCGGCUGGUGGGAGCCCCACCUCCUCCAAAGCAUGCCAUCAACCGUGGCAUUGGCAUCGAGGGCCUUGGCUGCUUGCUGGCAGGAGCCUGGGGGACAGGGAAUGGCACCACCUCCUACAGUGAGAACAUCGGAGCGCUGGGCAUCACCAGGGUGGGCAGCAGGAUGGUGAUCGUCACGGCGGGCUGCGUGCUGCUCCUGAUGGGUGUUUUUGGGAAGAUCGGGGCUGUGUUUGCCACCAUUCCAACUCCAGUGAUCGGGGGCAUGUUCCUCGUCAUGUUUGGGGUCAUCAGCGCCGUGGGGAUCUCCAAUCUGCAGUUCGUGGACAUGAACUCAUCCAGGAACCUGUUUGUCUUUGGCUUCUCCAUCUACUGUGGCCUCGCCAUUCCCAACUGGGUGACCAAGAACCCUGAGAGGCUGCAGACAGGGAUUCUCCAGCUGGACCAGGUCAUCCAGGUGUUGCUGACCACCGGCAUGUUUGUUGGUGGAUUUCUGGGCUUUCUCCUGGAUAAUACCAUCCCUGGAGGUCGGGAGGAGCGAGGCAUCCUGGCAUGGAAUCAAGUUCAGGAGGAAUCCAAGGAGACUCCAAAGUCCUCAGAGGUCUAUGGUCUUCCCUGGGGGAUUGGCACCAAGUUCUGCACGGCCUCCUGCACCCAGGUUCUCCCCUUCUGGCCCAGGCUGAAACACGGUGGCAAAGAUCCACUGGACACCUCUCUGGCAGACCUGUAUGAACGAGAUAAGAUGUACAUAACCCACAUACCAGAGGAAGACACUUUUUGAAAUACUGGACAACUGAGACACCCACCUGUCUGGGACCCACUCACCUUCCCUGGAAAAAUCAUAUGAAAGUUUCUUCUGCCAGGUGCCACACACCUGUAAUCCCACAACUGAGGAGCCUAAGGCAGGAAGAUCACAAGUUUGAGACCAACCUGGGCAACUUAGCAAGACCCUAUCUCAAAGUAAAAGAUAAAACAGGCUAGGGGUAUAGCACCCCUGAGUUCAAUCCCCAGUAGUGUGCACUCACACCUACACACACCACUACACACACACACACACACACACACACACACACACACUCACAAAAGCUUCUCCUUUAGGUCACGGGGAAGAUUGAGGGCGAGAGAUUGAGGGUGCUCAGGAGCCUUCAAGAGCACACUGCUUCUCCUGCGCCUCCUGCCAGCUGCUGGCACCAUCCCAUAGGGAUCUGGAACCUGUGGCCUGGUUUUUUUGUUUGUUUGUUUUUAAUUGAGAACAGGUACUGUUUUAUUAACUGACCAGAUUGCAAAAAUACCAUGGUAGGUAACUUAGUUCAUCCUUCUAAUAAGCCUGUUGAUCUGGUGAAGCAUCUCUACCGUCUACAGAAUCAGUGGUCUUUUUCUUCAUUCUACCUCUUACAGAGGAUAAUUG